GAAUUUACCGUAAUACCGGAAAUGACGUUUGCGUUGCUAAUUUAUCGCGAGAACAGCGAACGGGAUUUGUGAACCCCCGGGUUUUCAUUCAACAUUUCGAGCAGGUAGAAAGAUGGCCACAGCGGAGGUACGGCUUAACCAUACAAUCUACAUAAACAACUUGAAUGAGAAAAUCAAGAAAGAUGAGUUGAAGAAGUCUCUGUACGCCAUCUUCUCUCAGUUCGGACAGAUUUUGGACAUUUUGGUCGCACGAAACCUGAAGAUGAAGGGUCAGGCCUUUGUGAUCUUCAAAGAGAUAAACAGUGCUUCCAAUGCUUUGAGAUCUAUGCAGGGAUUCCCUUUCUAUGACAAACCCAUGCGUAUCCAGUAUGCCAAGCAGGACUCAGACAUCAUAGCUAAAAUGAAGGGGACAUAUGUGGAGCGUGACCGUAAGAAGGAGAAGAAGAAGACCAAACCUGAUGCAUCGGGAGCUAAGAAAGGUGUACCAGGAGCUGCUGCACCCAUGGUCGCUGGGGUACCUACUGCUAUGCCUGGAAUGCCUCCCAUGAGCCAGGCUCCUCGCAUGAUGCACAUGCCAGGCCAGCCGCCCUAUAUGCCCCCUCCAGGCAUGAUGCCUCCUCCGGGGAUGGCACCCGGUCAGAUGCCCCCUGGUGCCAUGCCUCCUGGUCAAAUGAUGCCUGGACAGAUGCCAGGACAAAUGCCUCAGCAGGUUGCAGAAAAUCCUCCCAAUCACAUCCUCUUCCUCACAAACCUGCCAGAGGAGACAAACGAACUCAUGCUCUCCAUGCUGUUUAACCAAUUCCCUGGGUUCAAGGAGGUGCGUCUGGUCCCUGGUCGCCACGACAUUGCCUUUGUGGAGUUUGAGAAUGAGGUGCAGGCCGGCGCUGCACGAGAUGCACUUCAAGGCUUUAAGAUCACACAAACUAAUGCCAUGAAGAUCUCAUUUGCAAAGAAAUAACAUCUCUCAGGACCAGUCAUUUUCUUACAUGCCCACACAUACUAGUCUUUUUUAAAACGAUCAACAGCAGUGAUUCAAACCAAGAAACAGUUUUAGAAAUGUACAGUUGCUGGUCGGUGCAGUAGGUGUCUCGGUUCUCGUUCCAGGAUUACAUGUAAGUAUACUUUAUUUGCAUCAAGUUGCUGUGUUUUAUUGUGCCACAGAACUCUUAAUGGAAAAUAAUUUCAGGUAAAUUUAUGGAAAUUGUGAGUUCUGCAUCCCACUGAUAUUUUUUUUUCCCCCUUAAAUCCACAAGCAACUUGAUGUGUACUGUUUUUUUUAACUGUUUGUCCUAAAGCAUUGCACCCAGAGUCUGGUAUAUCAGACAUUGUACCUGGAGCUUUUUCCUUUUUUUAUAAUUAAAGCUUUUCUGACACUGUG